GUCGGAGCUAGCUUCUAUUCCUGAGUUUCUGAGUUGACUCGAGUCAUUUACAUUAACACACAUUGAAUGACUUGUGCUGUUGAAUGACAUAUGAUGUUUGUGCUAUACUAGUAGCUAAUAUCUAGAUUUGAAAUACUGUUCUUUCACAGAAUUCAUGCCCGUGGCCGAGGUACUAACUCACUGAUGGAUCCUGCCGAGAAGGAUAGACUUGAUAAAGCUAGACAAAAACAGUUAGAGCAUCAGAUGGCAAUAAAAGCACAGGUGGAAGAGAAACUACGACUGAAGAGAGAGGCUGAGGAGAAAAAGAGGUUGGAAGAGUUGGAAGGAGAAAGAAAACUUGCACAGGAAAGAAAGGAGCUACAACGACAGUAUGAUAUGGAAAGACAGAAACAGAGACAGAAAGAGGAGGAUCUUGAGCGUAAAACAAAAAUGUUGAUGCAAAGCAUGCAGCUUGCACAAGAACAGGCAGCACAAGAGAAGCAUGAGCGGAGAAUUAAGCACUUGAAGGAUGGUGGACAUGAUGUCAAACAUUUACAGAAGAGCUAUGAUG